AUGAGCCCAAGAGAGAGUGAACUCGAUCGAGCUGCUCAGAGAUUGUUCCUUGGACCGCUCCUGAUGGUCGCCUGCCCUCUCCACCACAAGACCUUGCUUCCCAGUUCUUUGGGGAGCACUAAGGUCUUUUGGAGCACUUUGGAGCAUUUGGGACGUGAGGAGCAAGGAAGGACUUGGUGCAUGGACGCAGCUCAACCAGACACGCAUAGGACGAAGGAGGAAGUCAUCUUGAAGUCAGCUCGACCACCUACUCGACCGGCCAAGCUUCAACUCGAUCGAGCUGAGAGUCAACAGUCAAACCCGAAAAAUGUUGCUUCCCCUUUGACUCCCCUUUGA